AUGAAUAAACGUAACUUCAAACCAUUGGCAGUUUUACGAGAAGAGGUUCAACACGAAUACUUUAGGACGCGUGAAGAAUUUUAUAAUGCGAAGAGAGUAGAGAGCAAGGCGUUUGUACGUGAAAGUAGCAAAAAAAUCGAGACGUUGCUUGUUCAACGUGACAGGCGUGUUAAGGAAUUCUCCGUUCGAUUUACUGGAGAUGCAUAUCCAUCUAUAGAAACCUUGUCUAUAUCCAAAGGGAAAACAAACUCGAAUAAUUCCAAAACUUCAUUGAAAGUAAAACACUUCACAGCAAAGAUUGACAUAAAUAUCGAAGAUUAUUUAUCUACUGGUCAUCGUAAGAAACAUUUGGACAAAAGACAGGCUGGCGUUAUCCCUAUCCAGAACGAAAUUCCGAAAUACGCUUUAUGGACGCCUAUUGCACGGAGUUCCAAGACCGAAGAUGAUCCCGUGCUAAGGCAUCUUUAUUAUUUCGGGGAGGACAGUGAGGAUGAUGACGACGUUGAUUAUUUUGAUGUAUAUGAGGAAAGCAUCGUUGGAAAGAAUGUUCAGGACCCAGAAGACGAGAAGAUCGCGGUUAGAACUAUGCACCGUAUCUUUAUGCAAAACAAUAUUUCGCUUGCCCUCGUCGAAAAAUCCACUAGCACAAUAGAUUCUGAGCCGAGCAAAGCUUCAUCCACUCCAUCCACCACCUCGAGACACACACGUUCACCUGUUACAGCCAACAGGUCUAUUCCCGUUGACGGCGAAGAUGAUGAGGAGUCUGGGAUAUUUUUUGUUGAGGUGGUUAUUAAUGCGCUUGCAAAGAUAUUUAAAGGGAAGGAUAUCAAGAUGUUGAAAUCGACGCGGAAAAUCACUCAGAAUACCAUCCAUGCGAUCAUCCCGGCAAACCUUGCGACAUUAACUGUCCAUGCAAGAAAGGAAAUGUGCCGUGCGAAAAGUAUUGUCAUUGUGAUUUGGACUGUCCACGAAGAUUUCCGGGUUGUAACUGUUAUGGCGCGGGAAAGACCUGCAGUAAUAGAAGCUGUUUAUGUUUUGCAAGUUAUCGAGAAUGUGAUCCUGACUUAUGUAAAUGCUCCGCUUCAGUCACGUUGGUUAAUGGGGAACAUCGCAUUGGAAUUUAUGCGAUGGGAGAUCUUGAUCCUGGACAAGAGUUAUUCUUCGAUUACAGGCAUGUCUUGCGGAUAUGAUGGUGAGGCCUUGAAGUUUGUACCUCUUGAAAGAGAACGUCCUCCGAGUCCUGCAAAAUCAAAUUCGGCUAAUGAAAAAUAG